GGAGAAGGAGCUGCCAAGGAACUGAAUCAUGACUGGACACCUGCACUCACAACAUCUGGUCCUUCCAAGUUCGUUGAGUUGAGAUGCCCAAGAAUACUUAGGUUAGGCAGCUACCUCGAUGUAGUUCGCAAUUGCCAUCUCAAUCGCAAUCAAAGUCAAAUCCACCGAUUUCCAUCUCCUCGUCUUCUCUCGUCUCGCUCUUCAUUCUAUUUUCCGUCUGUUUCCAUUCUUGUCGCAUUUCGCAUUGGCAACUUCACUGUGGCGGAUGGGUCUCCAAGAUUGCUGAUCGGAACAAAUGGGAAAACAGCGACCGCGCGGUUCUCGCUGCCAUGAGAACGCGAGCUCGCUGUUGACUCAGGGGGUUUCGUUCCGUUGCUCCGAAACCUCCCGACUUUCAUCUGCCAAAUGUCAGGGUAGACAAACCACCACCAACUUGGCUACCCUGCAAUCUUCAGAAGUCGAGACGGAAAGCCAAAGGCCUAGUACUAUUCCAUGAUCAUGUGUACCAACACCGUCAACCGUCUCUGCUUCUUUCACAAAAAAUCACCCUGACGCCCAACAUCACAUGGCUCAGCCCUUUCGCGACGUCGAAAUCAUGCCAAGGUCUGAGGCUGAAUACAGACCACGCCCAAAUGACGAUGAUCGCCAUGGGAGCUUGUCGUCGUCACGGCACAUUCACAUGGGUCAUCCCUUUCCCUCCUCCACCCGUUCCACUCCUUCCAUAGUACUCCCGAACAUCCCGAGUUCCCACUUCAAGCCAACUGUCAAGUGUCAAACGCUGUUGUUCGCUGACGCCUUCACAAGCUUCUACCAAUCGAUUUUCACAUGUUUCAGCGAGUCCGGACUUCUGGAAACGGCCCAGUCACCACUCCCCGAGACACACCCAGACUGUUGACGGUUGAUUGUCGGAGGAGAUAACCAAGUGGCGGUAGACCAAGGCAGGGAGGCCUGGAUCACACUCGCUACUGUGAUCCAGACCUCGACGCUGUCACGACCUUGGUUGCCUUGGCACGUAUCAACACAUAUUCUUCGACCGCCGCCUACACCGAUGACUCCUCCCAGAUCUUGGAGCAUGUUUCCCGGAAUAAACCAUCUGAUAGGGCUAAAGGGAUGUCACCUCAAGGCGACACCGGGCAAGGCCCUCCAUUGGCGGUAUCUGAGGAAAUACAGCACUCUAACCGUUCAUUUCGUCCUUUCGGGUUUCCACAUGCGACCCAGUCUUCAUGAAUCAUAUCCCACCCCGGCCUCUUUUCGUUUCCAUACACCCUCAGUCACGGCGAUCCUCGGCUGUGCCCUAUUUUCGUCAUAGCUCCAUCGCGUCGCGAUUCAGAUCCAGGUGAAUAUGAAUCUUCAGGGUGUUGGAGCUGUUGUCCAGUGUUUCGGCCCAUGGCUCAUCUGUAUAAAGCUUAUUGCACAUCUUCUCCCCUACCUCGUCAUGUCCCUUGAGAGCUGGAUAAAGUGAGACGCCAUCUCAAUCACAGUCAUUCGUUCUUCUGUCGGAAACUCACAACAUCCGUAACCAUGGCUCAUCGUCUUCCAGACUGCUCCAAGCUCCGGCUCUUCAACAAGGGCGUGUCUGUUGGCUCGUCCUUCUUCACUCCCGCUCCUCUUGUCGGCUACGCCGCUCUUCGCCAUCCUCGCGCCAUCUCGACAAGCAACACUUCCAAGAAGCCGGCCGUCGCCAUUCCUACCGGCCCCGUCUCUCCUCUUGUUCCUGCAACUCAUGUUGGUACUUCUUCGGCUUCAACUUCGGAGGUUAGGGAUGGAAAUGCUUUUGCCACUCUGCCGCUCACAUGGCCCCACGACGGCUGGAAGGAGAACGUUCUCUUGAAUGUGGUUCCCAGCCAUCGCGAGCCUAGGACUUUCGGUGACUGGGUGGCCUGGAAGAUUGUCCGCACAUGCAGAUUCUGGAUGGAUCUCGUCACAGGCAUGCGUCCUGAGCAACAGGUCGACUCCAAGAAUCCCACAACUGCUUUGGCUGCCAGCAAGCCCCUGACUGAACGCCAAUGGCUCGUCCGCUUCAUCUUCCUCGAGUCAAUUGCUGGUGUUCCUGGCAUGGUUGCCGGGGGCUUGCGCCACCUCCAGUCCAUUCGCCGUUUCCAGCCCGACCAGGGCUGGAUCAAGUCUCUUCUCGAAGAGUCCUACAAUGAGAGAAUGCACCUCCUCACCUUUCUCGAGAUGUACAAGCCUGGCUGGUUCAUGAGACUCGUCGUGCUCGGUGCUCAGGGUGUCUUUUACAACGCCAUGUUCAUCUCGUACCUCCUCUCUCCCAAGAUUUGCCACCGCUUCGUCGGCUACCUCGAGGAAGAGGCCGUUCACACUUACACCCGCUGCUUGCUUGAGCUCGACCACGGCUGCCUCAAGAGGUGGUCCGACCCCAACUUCCGCAUCCCUGACAUUGCUGUUCGCUACUGGAACAUGCCCGAGGGCCACAGGACCAUGAAGGACCUCAUCCUUUACGUUAGAGCUGACGAGGCUUCCCACCGUGGCGUCAACCACACAUUUGGCAACCUCGACCAGGUCACUGACCCCAACCCCUUCAUGGAGUGCCCCGGUGGUGGAGUCGUCAAGGCCUUCCCCAAACACCUCUCCGUUACAAGGCCGGCUGGUCUGGAGCGUGAGGAGGUUGUCAGCAAGGAGACCCACUAAUCACCCAGCGCCACAAAUGAAGAUAUCUUGUUGAAGCCGCAAGGCAACGCACAGCUGUCCCUUCUUCCUCGGCUUGGAGAAGAUUCAGUGGACCACCAGCCCCUGUAUUUCCUUGUUCCUUCUAUCCGGGACCUGGUGGAGUAAGAAGAUACUCUCUUAGGAUUUGCCCAGGUCUUCUUACUGCUCGCCUUAGGAUUACGGCCACAGACUGGCCCCAUUUGUUAAUGUCUUUCACUUUUCUCUUUUUUUUUCUCCUUUGGGUCUUAGAUGGAGUUUGGCGACCAAUCAGGCAAUUACGCGAGCAUUUACAUUUCUUUGGUUUUCACACUUUGGUUUGGGGGAAGCUCGGAUGCUUCGGAUAGACGGAAAUAUGGACAGGGGGGGCAUUUUGGAUAGAGCGCCCCCUUUUUUUGGGCAGCUGUGGUUCUAGAUACAUAUAUUGGGUUAGACUCCACUGCAACUAGACUGGACAUGAUUCAUUUCCAUGUUACACGCGGACCCCCUAUCUUGGUACAGCACUACCUCU